AUGCGACAUGCUGCUUUUCCGCAGCCUGAGAAGUCGAAACUUUUACCCUUUUCAGACGGGAUAGUGGAUAUCGGGUCCGUUCAGGGUCAAGGGGGGAAGGGGAGGGGACUGGGGGAGGGAUGGAUCGUAGCAAGAAAGUGUUUAAAAGAGGCCAUCACUGGGGGGGGGGGGGGGGGGGGGGGGGGGGGGGGGCUUAAGAGACUGACAGUGAGAGAGGGGAGAAGGAAAGAGGAUCACAGAGGGAGGUUCAACUGUCAGAGUCCCAUAGCUUUUUUGCAGUAA